UCCUCUCGUAUCUAGCUGGGGCAGGUGGCCGCCAUUUUGUGUGCGGGAUUGCUUCUGUGGAAGGCGAGCGCGGUGGCUGCGGGCGUAGAAGAGAGGAGAGGAGAGUGCAAAGCUGCGCUUAGAGAGCCGGGACUUCUACUUUUGAAGCCCGUGUGCCAAGAAUCUGAUGUUGGGCUCGGCUUUGUGGCUGAAAACAGCAAAUUGGCCCAUGAGAACUACCAUUCCUAGCCAAAGGAAGGGGUCCAGCAGGAGUCAGUAUCUAUUCUUUCAGGUCUGGCAGCAGGAAAGAGAGCAGGAGGUGGAGACUGUGCAGUUUGAAAAGAGGACUGAAAGGUGACACCUAAGUUGAAGAUGGGGGGUGGAGAAAGGUUCAACAUUCCAUCUACCCAACCCAGGAAUACUUCCAAGAACCACCAACAACUGAACAACAGGAAAAAGAGCAAAGAUCAGAAUUCACAGAUAAAGAAAAUCCACAAAAAAGAGAGGGGGCAUGGAUGCAGCCCAUCAUCUGUAGCAUGGCAGGCCAUGCAGAAUGGGGGGAAGAACACGAUGCACUUCCCAACUAACCAGACUUGGAGUCCAACUUUAUCCCAUUCCCUCUUCAUGCCUCAAACAAACCAAAAUUAUGCUGGAGCAAAAUUCAGUGAGCCGCCAUCACCAAGUGUUCUUCCUAAACCACCAAGCCACUGGGUCACUGUUUCACUUAACCCUGCUGACAAAGAAAUAAUGACUUUUCAACUUAAGACCUUGCUAAAAGUCCAGGCUUGAGAUACAAUCUAAGUGUACAUUGGGGAAAAUGAUACACAUUAUAAUUUCAAAUUUCAUAAUGUCAGUCAAUAUUAGGUUCCAAAAUGCAAAGCAAGGCAUACAUUAUGGAAUGAGAUUAGCUGUGUACUGGAGGCUAGUCAGUUUCUUAUGUAAUGGGUGGGAGGCCCUGCCUUUGAAAAACUCACCCAUUUUGGGGGUUCUGUGCACUGCAUUGACUUCUGCGCUACUGAUGCACUGUUUGUUGUAAUUAAUAGGUAGUCUGAACCAACUCCCAGCUGUGGUCCUAAAAGUACACUCUAAACUCCACUGGACCGUCUAAUUUCAUUGCCUUCUCUCUUGGAGCUGCUUGAUAGCGCUUUUCUUUUUGGGGGAAUUAAAAUGAUCACAAGCUGACUAAAUUUCCAACACUUGAAAAAUAUAAUUGAUUCUCCCACAUACUGUGAAAUAUUGUAGGCAUUAAAGGCAAAUUAGUAACUUUCUGCCUAGAGCUCCUAAUUAACAAAAAACUAAAAUUGUUUAAUAAGAAAGCCACUUAGAUUAUGAUUUAUAUUAUUAGGUCUUGUGGAAUUCAACUAUCAUUUGAACCUGGUGGUUUAGGCAGGCAUCCAUCCAAAGCCCUGUGACCAAAAUGUGAACAUUUAAAUUGGGAAAUCUGUAUAGCACUUGUUUUAUAAGAAUGAAAACAUGGGCAUGCAGAUGAUCUUUUAGCUUUUUACACAAACCUGGACAUUUAUUACAUUGAACACAGUCUAUAAGUGUGCCAACUUAGAAAACAUUGUUGCAUUGCUGGGUGACUGCCAAAAGCUUUUAAAAGUGUUUUUUCUUGAUAGAUAAUUUCACUUAAGCUGUGUUUGAAACACAUUCUGUAUGUUUUGUAUCUUUUGCUGAAACAGUCUUGUUGAGGCCAGUCUGAAGAAAUUGGAUGACUUGUAAUAUGAACUUGUUUGAAUGAACUUAGCAAGUGUAAAACAUCUUUUAUGUAGGGAAAAAAGAGCCAUGUAAAUAAAUGUAAAACUUUGUAGAAUAUGUAAAUUUAUCCUGGGCUUUCCUGCCGAAAUAAAAUAUUUUUAGUACAAAACUGCUGAAUGUAAGAAGACCAUGCUAAGCACAUGGCCUGAUUUUUUUAAAAAAAUUGUUAAAAACAACUUAAAAGUACACACCUGUGUCGUUGAACUCAAGUAUCAGUGAGGGUAUGCACCCAUGUUUGCUUGAUACAAAGAGAAAAACUUUUAUAAAGGUAAAACAAAUGUUCUUAAAGUUCAUGGUAGCAAUCCAGUUGCCGUUAAGUGCUGUACAAACUUAACUGAGCUGAAUUGUAACCUUGGGCUGCAAUCCUAAGCACACUCUUGAAAGCAAGUCCUGCUGAUAACAGCCACGCUAAUGAAGUGUGUUUAGGAUUGGAAUGUUGGGGCUGCAUUCCAACAUGCAGUUAAGCAUUCAAGUCCUCCUGUUUGAAGCAUAUUACUGCACUGGCUAACAGCCAGUAAAGAAUGUUUUCAUUUUGAAUGUAUUCAGUAACUUUAGGAGAGACGAUUAUUAGAAAUGUCAGUAUCCAAAAUGGUAGUAAGUGUAAAACAAAGAUCUGCCAAAAUCCAUCUUGUGUUUGUGACAGUCUAAUCUUAGUUGUAAUUUCUGUUGGAUAUUUGAUUUGGUUUGGAACUACACAUUUGAACUUAAUACCUUUCUCGGCAGUGUUGAAUGAGGUCACUAAGGAUUGCACUCUGUGUUAGUCAUACUCAGAGCAGAUGCACUGGAAUAAAUGAACAUGACUAACCUAUGUCAAUUUCAGUGGGUCUUCAGCAGAACUGACUUGGAAACAACCCUAAGAACUAUUUCAUGACACACACACCGAAACCAAUUUUCAAUUUUUGCUGACAACUAAGCAUCUUUAGAAUUCGGUACAAUUUCACAUUACUUGUGGUGCAUUAUGUUGGUGAUAACAAUGAAAUCUGAAAUUCCAUAAUGAAUGUCUAGUGAUACCAAAGAUGGAUUUCUAACAGAAGUUACUAGUAAGGAGAGAACAUGUUCAGUUACUUUGAAAAGAAACUUUUGGUGAAGUCUUGAGUGCUUGGCAACACAUCACAUUUUACCUACUUGUACAUUCAAAAUGUUGUAGCGACCAUCAAGAAAACUUUAUAUCCAAAUGAAAUUGAUUUAACAUCUUGCUAAAACUUAAGUCGUGUCCCAAAAUCGUCCUCACUAUGUUUAAAACAUUGUUAUAGCCCAAAUGUAAUUUUGAUCUAAAUUCCAUGUUUGAAGUACUGCUUGCGUAUGAAUUGGAAACAAAAUUUAAAUAAAAAUUCCUAACCUUUUCUCCCCAAACAA